AUGUCCACUCCGAGGACGUCACGGCAGCCAGACGACAGCCACAGCAAAAGCGAGGCGUCUCCGGCGCUUUCGUCGGCGACGGGCGUGCAGGAGGCUCGACAGGAGCAGGCGCCACAGGAGGGCCACAAGCGCGUGUACCAGGCGUGCAUCCCUUGCCGUCGGCGCAAGGUGCGCUGUGACCUUGGAUCGGUAGACAACCCGCACGAUCCGCCUUGUGUGCGCUGCCGGCGGGAGAGCAAGGAGUGCUAUUUCAGUGCGACACGCCGCAAGCGCAAGACGGACGACGAUGACGACGACAACAGCAACAGCAACAUCAACCGUGUGGACGGCAGCGACUAUGUGAUUCGCAACGGGCGGCGGAAGCUGCACGCGGACGAGACGACAGGACUGCCGAUCAGCCGGGUGCUCUACAACGAGGUCCCGUUGACACCAACAUCGGCGGGCAUGAGUUCACAGCCGCUCCGGCGACCGACUCCCGAUGCGCGGGCGAUAGCAUCGAGGAAGGGGAUGACGGCAGAGCGACGAAGCGUCCCAGCAGCCGACGAGUCGAACACACCGCUUGAGAACCUCGAAGCACGCUCGGUGAUGCGGCGAGAGGUUUACGGCCAUCACGACGCGCUGGAUCUGCUGUAUAUGGCGGCAGAAAGUGGCAAACAUGCGACCGGGCCGGUGCUGGACAGCUUUGGCAAAGGCCGAGGUGGCGAAACGUCAACAAACAACAACCUGUACGACCCGGGCACAGGUGGUGGCUAUGGGGCGAGUCGCAGCGGCGAUGCUGGCGGCCCGCGAACAGAGCAGCUGCUCGAUCCCACGCUGUCCCAUAACUGCUCGACGGGCCAACCGGGUUAUGCCGAAGCCGUGCAGCUGUGGGCGCGAUUCCGGUUUGUGCGAGCCGGCUGGUUCACAGCCCAGGAGGCCAUCGAGUACAUUGACUACUACUACAAGUACCUCUCGCCGCUGACGCCGAUCUCGCCGCCGACAUUCAACAACCCGGCGUCGCACGGGACGCUUCUGAACGAGGAACCGAUCCUGGCGGUCACACUUCUGACGGUGGCAUCGCGCUACAAGGUGCUGUCGGGGCCGGGGGCGACGUGCCGGUCGCACGCGAUCCACGAGCAGCUCUGGACAUACCUGCGCGGCAUGAUCGAGCGAGUGGUCUGGGGCCAGGAGGCCUUUGGCGGCGGGUUCUGUGGGUCGGGUGCAGACGAGGCGCAGACGUCGAGCACGGCACCGUGGCGCGGACUGCGAAAGGGCAGCCUGCGUACGCUGGGAACGAUCGAGUCGCUGAUGAUGCUGACGGAGUGGCACCCACGCGCACUGCACUUUCCACCGGCCGAAGUGACGGACGAGCUGCUGCUGCCAUCACAGCGGACGACGGAGUUCCAGGCGGCCGAGACAGCAGACCCGCGACCGGUUGGUGUUGGCGGCAAGCGAAUCGACAGCUGGCUGGAGCCGGCGUGGCGCAGCGACCGGAUGUCGUGGAUGCUGCUCAGCACGGCCAUGGGUCUGGCCUAUGAGCUGGGCGUGUUCGACGAUCUGGGCGAGAUGCUGGCUGCUGGCGCCAUCAUGCGGCCGGAAUACGAGGAAGAGACGUAUCGACUGCGGGCAAACCGCAUCAAGCGGCUGAUCCUCAUCUAUCUCACCCAGCUGGCCGGUCGUCUUGGCUGGACGAGCAUGGUGCCCGAGAGCCUGCGCAAGAAGGAUCCGGCCUCGUCUCGACGACGACCGACGUCCGCACUCGACGGCCAAACACCCGGCACCAGCCUCUCGUCCGUGUCGACCGCGUUCAAUUACAUUCCCGAUCUCGAGCUCGACGACCAGAUCAUCCACUGCUGGGUCGGCAUCAGCAAUGCCAUGCACGCCGGCAACGAGAAGCUGUUCCGCUCGCGCAAACACACCACCGAGAUCAUCCAGACCGGCAGCUAUAUUGAGCUGCUCAAGGACUUCCGUCCGCUGCUGCGCGACUGGUGGACCGAGUUUGAGCGCUUCCGCCUGCCGACGUUCAUCCGCCACAUCCUGACGAUCGAAUACGAGUACGUGCGCAUUUACGUCAACUCGUUGUCACUGCAGGCCGUCGUCGAGCGGUGCACCACCAAGUCAGCCGGGGGAGGUAGUGCUUCCUCGGCCGCUGUCGGCAGUGCUUUCGGCAGCAGCAGUGCCGCGCCACAGCUCUCGCCGCAGACCCAGAACUACUACGGCAAGCUACCGCUCGGUCAGCUGGGCGGCUUUGGUGCUGCCGACCAGGAGUAUGUCAAGGAGGUCGUUGAAGGCUGCCGCAAUCUGCUCACCACCGUGGUUGACGGCCUGCUUCCGGGCGGCUACCUCAAGCACGCGCCUGUGCGCACAUACUUCCGCAUCAUCAGUGGCGCCAUGUUCCUGCUCAAGACCUUUGCCCUAGGUGCUCCCAAGGCCGAUGUGGAGCUGUCGAUUGCCCUGAUGGACCGCACCGUCGAUGCUCUGCGCAACUGCGUCGUCGAUGACGUCCACCUGGGCACCCGCUUUGCCGACCUGCUGGAGUCGCUGACGAGUCGUCUGCGCAACCGCUUCAUCCAUGCACCCGCCACCAUGUCUGCCGAUGGCCGGAGCCCGAAUCCACACUACGAUGCCGGCAGUCCGGCCGUGACCGGCCAUCAUGGAGGUCAUGGACCAUCGGCGCUCUCAUCUGCCAUGGCAAACAGUGAUUUAGCCUGGCCGAAGACAGGUCUUUCCGCUAUGGACCGAUGCAACACGCCCGCCAACAUCUCUGCCACGCCCUUUGAUCCGGCCGGCGGCAGCUUCCCAUACCCCUCGGGCAUGGCGUCCACGCUGGGCCCUACGACACCUGCUGCAUCGGCCGCUGUCGACAACUCCCUGGGCGAGCACCUGUUUGUCGAUGGCGCCGACUGGAACAACAACGAGAUGUGGUAUCUGCCCGCCGGCCCGGCCUUCUUCCAGAACAUGGGCGAGUCCAACGUGGCCAUGACGGCCGAAGGCGUCAGCAUUGCCGGCAUAGACCUGCUCGACUUCAUGACCAUGGAUGUGCCCGCUGAUCUGACUUCUACCAUGAGCGGGAAUGGCUUCUAG